CGUCAUCGCGAAGUAACGGUAUAAAUAAAAGAGUCGGUGAUUAUUUCAUUAGUUGUGAGUGAGAGUUAAUACUGUAUCGACUAUGUUGUGGCCUAACAGUUUGCUUCCGUUGAUUUUGUUUUUGCUGUUGUUCAUCUAUGGAGAAUCAGCGAGCAUACGAAGAAAAGUCAGCCAAACUUGUGGUUAUGAGGCAUGUCACGAAACAGAUCCAAACAAACUAAACAUCCAUCUAGUUGCUCACACCCACGAUGACGUCGGGUGGUUGAAAACGAUUGACCAGUACUACUUUGGAAGUCGCCCAAAACUUCAGAAAGCGGGGGUGCAAUAUAUUCUAGAUAGCGUUAUUCAGGCAUUAGUGGCUGAUCCUGAAAGAAAGUUUAUUUAUGUGGAAACUGCUUUCUUGUGGAAAUGGUGGUUACGUCAAAACGAGGAGGUGAAGGAAACUGUGCGAAACCUAAUCAAUGAAGGUAGAUUAGAAAUUAUUAGUGGUGGAUGGACUAUGAACGAUGAGGCAACUACUCAUUAUCAAUCUCUUGUGGAUCAAUAUACUUGGGGUUUCAGACGUCUCAAUGAUACCUUUGGAAGCUGUGCUAGGCCACACAUUGGAUGGCAAAUAGAUCCUUUCGGUCAUUCUAGAGAACAGGCAUCCUUAUUGGCACAAUUGGGAUUCGAUGGAAUGUUUCUCGGUCGGCUUGAUUAUCAAGAUAAGGCCAAUAGGCUCAAAGAGAAAACGAUGGAAUUUAUUUGGAAAGGAAGCCCAAAUCUAGGAACAAAAGCAGACCUGUUUACAGUUGCAUUGUAUAAUACUUACUCACCCCCACCUGGUUUCUGUUAUGAUGUCCUGUGCAAUGAUGAACCAAUAAUUGACGAUCCCGAUAGUCCGGAUUAUAACGUUGACGAAAGGAUUCAUGCGUUUAUGCAAUACGUGGUUGACCAAAGCAAAGUAUAUCGUACGAAUGACGUAAUACUAACAAUGGGAGGAGAUUUCACUUAUCAGCAGGCGGAAAUGUACUUCUUUAAUAUGGACAAACUAAUAAGAUACGUAACGGAGAAAUACAGCAGCCAUGUAAACAUAUUUUAUUCGACGCCAUCUUGUUACCUGAAAGCAGUGCACCUCACGAACUCUCAAUGGCCGACGAAAGAUGAUGAUUUCUUCCCCUAUGCCAGCGAUGAACACUCGUAUUGGACUGGCUACUUCUCCUCUAGACCAACGAUCAAAUUCUUCGAAAGAAUGGGAAACAACCUUCUGCAGAUCUCCAAGCAGUUGUCCGUAUUGACACAUUUGCAAGAUAAUGAGAAAGAAUUGGAACAAUUUCGGGAAGCAAUGGGUGUAUUGCAACAUCAUGAUGCUGUCACUGGAACUGAGAAACAAUUGGUUGCGGAAGAUUAUGCGCGUUUAUUGAGUAGUGGGAUGCAACAAGGAAUGCUUACUUCUUUCAAUGCACUAAGUAAAUGGAGAUCAAGUGGAAACCCAGAUCUCACAAAAGAAAAUAUAUAUUCUUGUACUCAAUUGAAUAUCAGUGAUUGCUUGUACACAGAAAGACAAAAUUUCGUACUAGCAAUUUAUAAUCCUUUGAGUCAGAACGUCGUAUCACCCAUUCGUGUUCCUGUCCAAGAAGGCAGAUACAAGGUUAUGGAUCUUACAAGUGAACACGAAGUGAUUUCACAAAUGGUACCCAUUCCCAAAUCAGUACAGGAAGUACCUGGAAGGAAGACUAACGCAACACACGAACUUGUAUUCCUCACAUCGUUGCCACCAUUGGGUUAUAAAUCAUACACUGUUACAAAAAUUGCACAAGAACCUAGUCCGGAAGUCGAGGCAAUAGUUUCCAUUGGAAACGAGUUUUAUGAUGUGUCAGUCAACGAGUAUGGCCACGUUGUUGUACAAUGGAAGAAAGAAAAAAAUAUGAGCACGACUCAAUCUUUCCAUUAUUAUGAAGGAAUGGAGGGAAAUAACGAGAUAUCUCUAAACAGAUCAUCGGGAGCGUACAUAUUCAGACCCAGAAACGUACCUAUCAGAAACUUCGUGAAGCCUGGUUCUUACAAAAUAUACAAAGGUCCAUUAGUGCAAGAAAUUCACCAAUAUGUUACUGAUUGGAUAUCCCAGGUGAUAAGAGUUUACAAUGGAAUGCAAUAUAUUGAAUUCAAUUGGCUCGUUGGACCAAUACCUGUUGAGGAUAAGAUUGGCAAAGAAAUAGUAACGAGAUAUUCUAGCAAUUUGAAUUCCUCUGGAGAAUUUUAUACCGACAGUAACGGACGUGAAAUGUUAAAACGAAAGAGAAAUUAUCGCCAAACAUGGAAUUUAAAAAUACACGAAGAAAUAUCCAGCAAUUAUUAUCCUGUUACAUCUAAAAUUUCCUUAAAGGAUGAACAGAAAUUCCUUAAACUUAGUGUACUUACUGAUCGAACAGAAGGUGGAACUAGCAUGCACGAUGGAGAGAUAGAAAUGAUGGUUCAUAGAAGACUUUUGAAAGACGAUGCAUUUGGUGUAGGCGAAGCUCUCAACGAAUCUGCAUAUGGCGAAGGCUUAGUGGUCAGGGGUUCGCAUUAUAUCAUUGGGGGCAGUAUUAAAAAUUUGGAUGAACUUGCGUUAAAAGAGAAAUCUUUGGCUCUUCAACUACUGCUUCGUCCAUGGCUCUUCAUCAUACCUGCUCAAUCGAAUUCACGGACACAUAUGCAGUAUGCAUCUGAAGCGCACCAUUCAGGCCUUACUAAAUUGUUACCAUCAAAUAUUCACAUUUUAACUCUGGAACCAUGGAAGAAUGGCACUGUACUAUUAAGGUUAGAACACAUUUUCGAAGUAGGUGAAAGUGAAACAUUAUCGAAGCCUGUGGAAAUUAAUAUUCAGGAUCUAUUUACAACUUUCACGAUCGUAUCCAUCAAGGAGACUACCUUAGGUGGCAAUCAAUGGUACAAUGACUUGAAUCGUCUGAAAUGGAGGUCUGAAACAAACGAAGUCCUUGAAAAGGAAGAAAACAUCUCUCAGCCUGUAGAAAUUAAUAGCAGUGCUAUAAAUGUCCUUUUGACCCCUAUGGAAAUACGAACAUUUAUCCUUACAGUAACACCGAAAAAACUCUAAAUUGAUUAUUGCUCAAAUAUGUUUACAUUUAUUUUACUUGAUGUAAACAUAAUGAUAA